CAGUUUUGCGAUCGCCGCCGUCGUUGUCCGGCCAGUCAGUCAGUCUCGCGUGCGACACCCGGCCGAGCUCAGUCAAACCCAUGUGCGUGGUCUCGCGCGCCCCUACAGUGUACUGCAUGUGGACGACUCAUGUACUUAAAGAUACUAUUCCUUUGGGCACUGCCGUUGGAGCUCAAUGGUUACGGUUACGACGGUUAUAGCACCUGCACGAAACCGUAUCGCAAUGCAAGAGCUAAAUUUCCGGAUUUGCCUUGCGAUUUUAACACUCAAUCAUGGUGCAUGGUACCUGGAUCGACGUACCCGUGGCACGCAGUCCGACGGUUCGUUUUCGAGAAUCACGGUUUGAUGAAACGCAUGUAUGGCGAACAGCGACACAUAUCAGUGUUACGCGCCGAUAUGGACACCAACGAUAUCGAAGGAGGCGUCUGGAACCGACGCCGCGAGGAGUCAUCGUUGAACCGCUACGACUCACAACCGCCACCGCCGGCGCCAACUUCGGGGACAUCCUCGGGAACCGCUUCGACUAGCAACAGUACUAGCACUACCACCUCGACGACAUCCACGACCUCCACCGCCCGACCGUUCAACGUUACUACCGCGUCCGUGGCCGACAUCAUUCCGCCCACGACAACGGCCGUCGCCGAAGACGUGGAAGACGGCACCUCAGACGACGUUACCGUUGACGACCAAAUGCAGUUCGAAACCACUACCGAUCCGAUAGCAUCAACCCAGCGCACCGACCAGGUGCAGGAGCAACCGGGAUUUUUCCAGGAGUCGACCAAUGGUGGCACGGACAACACUCAGAAAUCAAAAGGCAUUAAUGCUUGCCCUGUAAAGGAAGAAGUGGUCGCACCGUUCUGGGCGAAUAACACUCGCGGCGAAGUGCUCGCGCUGCUCAAUCUCUAUCCGUUCGAGCAGUACGUCCACUGGGAACGAUGCACGUUCGAGAACAAGCAGAUGUUCUGUCGCCAGGGCUGCCGGUGCGAACAGCAGUAUCGCCUGCACAGGCUGCUCGCCUACGACCCAUCCAACGACUGCCGCGGAAUAUUCUCCGACUGGUUCAGGUUCCCGUCAUGCUGCGUGUGCCGUUGUUACGAUCUGCCAAAUGACCUGAGGAUCACGUCCCGCAGUCCACGCACCGACGGAGACGACGGCACCAGUGGCAACGGCAACAGCAACGACCUCGACACGUGGUUCCAAAAUCCGUUGAACUCUUAACUUUUACUUUUCUUUACACGAUAUAUUGUAUUAUUAUAACAUAGCCGUGUUUUAUCUUUUCUCUCUCUCCUUCGAUAAUAAUAAUAUUAUUUGUGCCCGCGCAUCAUUUAUAAUAUAGUGUUGGGCAAAAAAAAAAAA